UAUGGAUUUAACUCAAUUGGCCUUCAGCUGGUCACACCACAAUCUACCACACACAGCCUCCGAUGGAAGAAGUCUGCAUUUAGUAACAUAAAUACUGGCUGGUUUAUCUCACACCCAUGUCAAGCGGGCGCAGCCAGCGCCGAGGUCUCGCCCCGGGCCGUGUGGCUGUUCCGAGAGAUGAUCAAGUGCACCCUGCCCAAGAGCCACCCGCUGCUGGAAUUCAACGACUACGGCUGCUACUGCGGCUUGGGGGGCAGCGGCACUCCCGUGGACGAGCUCGACAGGUGCUGCCAAACACAUGAUAACUGCUACUCGCAGGCAAUGAAAAUGGAAUCCUGCAAAUUCCUCCUGGACAACCCCUACACUAAGAUAUACGACCACACCUGCUCUAAUGGGCAGGUCACAUGUAGCAGCAAGAACAAGGACUGCGCCGAGUUCAUCUGCAACUGCGACCGCACCGCUGCCAUGUGCUUCGCCAAGGCCCCCUACAACGCCCAGUACAAGCACCUGGACAAGGACAAGUACUGCAAAUAG